CAAUCAAAUCUUCUUUCGACUUUGAACCCCAUACAUGCAUGCGCACAGCUGUGUCUACUGUCCUUGACUUGUGUGAAUCACAUCGCGUUUACUGUUUAGGAGCGAGGCUUUAGCCUAUACUGCUGAAGCCGCCCGCCUACUUAUCAUAUCACAUAGUAUCUUCAAUUAUAAACCAGUUUUGCUCAACAUCCGCCAAGUGAACGGUUCGCGCCAUUUUGACACUGUUGCGCGAUGUCGACUGCAGAUGUCAGCCCUGGGCAGAACAAAGCCAAACGGCAGCGAUAUGAUGAGCCUCGUACAGAGCUUGCGCUUGCGGCCGGCGGAGGAAGCGGCCCGCGCCAGGAACUGGCCUCCUCUCGGCCCAAGUCAACACUAGAGGCGCUCCCCACAGACCUCCUAGACCGCAUAGCUCAGACCCUGUCACCCAACGAGGUGGCAUGCACGCUGCGCCUGCUCAGUCGCACGCUAGCAGCCCACUUCCGCAGCCACACCGCCGUGCAGCUGUCGCAGCCGGUGCCGCACCACGCCUUCGUGCGGCGCUUCGGCCGCUGGUCCUCGGUGCGCUCGCUGCCGCUGGCUCAGCGGCGCAAGCUCAUCGCUCUGACGGCGGCCAGCGGCAGCUUGGAGAACCUGCGCGUGGUGGCGGGCGGCCCGGAUGUGACGCAGGCGGUUGGCACCGCAGGCUGCGCGCUGACGGAGGAGGUGUUCACCGCCGCCGCGGCGGCGGGGCACAUGCACAUGUGCAAGGCACUCUUUCAAAUGGGUUGUCCCUGGGCCACGUCCGCUGUGGAGGCGGCCGGCUGCGCCGGCCACGUGCGUGUGGUUCGCGCCCUCGUCCGCGGCGGCUGCCCCUGGAAGUUCCCGGAAGCCGCCAUCCACUGCAGCAGUGCUGAGGUGGUGUCAGAGAUGUACCGGCUGCACACCGCCGGGCGCGGCUACGCGCCGGAUGCGGCGGCCUUUGAAACACCUUCCAGUGCCAGCGGCGGCGCCAGCGGCGGCGAGGGCGGCGCGGAAGGUGGCGACGGCGGUGCAGAGGCGGCGGAGGAGUCGGGGGAGGAGCCAUCCGAUGAGGAACUGGAGCCGGAGCCGGCGGAGGAGGAGGGCAUGGGGGCUGAAGCGUUUUGGGGGCCGGCCGUCGCCUCCGCGUGGGAUGACGACGACAUCUGCACACGGAAGUGGGUCACGGCCGCCUAUCACCUGCCGCUGGCGGGUCUGCAGCAACUGGUGGCGCACGCGCACGACUUGCAGUCCUCACGGCCCGGCCAGACCGUGCACAUCCCCUGGGAAGGCAUGUGGGAGGCGGCUGUCUGCGACCCCAGCCCAGGCUGGCAGUCCAAGGCAACCUGGCUGCAUGGGCGGCAGCAGGAGCAGCGGCAGCGUGCUGAGGCAGGAGCGGCUGCGGCGCCAGCAGGGACCGCACCUGAGCCGGCACAGACUCUUCAGUUGAGCCGCUGCGUACGGGACAUCAGCAAGAGUGGCGCGGCAGUCCGGGGCUGGAGCGCCGACGGGCUGAGGCAGCGGCUGGCGUGGCUGCGGGAGAGGGGUUACCAACUUACGAUGCCGCCGCCGGAGCUGCUGCCGCUGCAUGACGCGGCGGUUAUCGGCGAGCUGCUCGAGGAAUGCCUCAAACCUGUUAAAUUUGACACCACAGAGCGUUGGGACGUGUGGCGACAGCUGUGGGAACACACAGCGGCCGGCGGGCACGUCGACACGCUGCACCUGUUGAAGGAGCGACAGCCGCAGCUGGAGGAGCGGAUAGCGGACUGGGAGCGUUGCUUUGUCCAACACCUGAUGCGACGAGCGUCUGCGACGGACGAGGCGCGUGCGUGGCGGGUUGCGCGCGUGGGUGCUGUGGCGCCGGCGGCAGUCGUCGGCGCCGCGCGCGCUGGCCGGGCGGACGUGCUGACGUGGCUGCUGGAGCAGUACCCGCCUGCGGACGUGUUGCAGGAGGGUCUGUGGGAGGCGGCGGCAAGUGGUGGUGGCAGCCUGGCGGUGCUACUGCUGCUGGCUGAGAGCGGAUGCCCGGGCGAGUUUGGGAGCAGUUUGCUUGGCACCGCUAUGGCAGCCGGGUGCGCCCUGGAGGCAGUUGAGUGGGCGGUGCGGCAGCGCGGGUGCAGCGUGGCGGAGGGCGCGAUGGUCGCCGCCGCGAUACGCGGGGACGCAGUGCUGCUGCAGAGGCUGCAAGCAAUGGGCGGGCCGCUGACGGCAGGUGUGGCUUCUGCCCUUGCGAGGCACGGCCGCACAGAGCUUCUGGAGUGGGCGGGCGGGCAGGGCUGUGUGUUUGCGGAGGCACAGCUUUGCGAGGCCGUGAGCGCCGGCCGCGCAGAGGUGGUGGAAUGGAUUCUGCUGCGCGCUCAGCAGACUGGGCGUGAGCUGACAUAUAAGGUGGACGGCCUGGAUUCGUAUGGAUAUGUGAGCGGCAUUUGGCGGUCACCAGUGCAGCAGGGUGAUCUCGGCACCCUAGCGACGCUGCUGCAGUACCGCGGCGGGAACACGGCACUGGGGGCUGCUGGCUACGGGUUGCGUGAUGCCGCGUACCACACCUACAGCCUGCCCUUCGUGUUCUAUGCGCUGCGGCACGGGGAGCCGCAGAGGAAUCACGACACCGGCGAGCGCUGGGACUUUUGCAGUGAGGUGCAGGUCGUGCUCUCGGCUGAUGAGGAGUCAGACUCGCGGCGCGGGCCGAGAACGCGGGGGCCGAAGGCGCGUGACGCGGCACCGGAGUUUGGCAGGUGGGCGCGCGAGGCGUGUGCCCUGAUGGAGCAGGGGUACGCGCUGGCCAAAAUGCUGCGCAGUGCGGCGGCGAUGGAUGAGCAGCAGGAUGAGAUGGGGCUUGCGGUCGGUCGGUCGCACCUGCUGUGUGCAUUGGCGGAGAUGCGGGCUGCGUACAAUAAGGUGGCGGAGGAGGUCGACGCCCGGCUGGCGAGCGUGAUGGAAUGGGACCCGGCUGCAGCUUGAGGGCGCCGGGGCGUUUGCAGGUGUGGGGGUUAUAUUAUGAAUAGCGAAAGAAAUGGUAGACGGUAGACGAUCUUGGGGGCGGCGGUGCACGUGCAUGCGGUGUGUGUGUGUGUGUGUGUGUGUGUGUGUGUGUGUGUGUGUGUGUGUGUGUGUGUGUGUGUGUGUGUUGGUGUGUGUACGGUGUGUUGGUGUAUGUGUGUGUGUGUGUGUGUGUCGGUGUGUUGGUGUGUGUACGGUGUGUUGGUGUGUGUGUUGGUGUGUUGCUGUUGCUGUUGGUGUAUUGGGAUCGACACGGUAGCUCUCCAAAGUUGUGCGGUGGCCCGAAGUGCCACGGGCAAUGGAGCGAAGCCAGUAAUGUGGUGACUGCGAGACCGGCGCUGCCGUAACGUACUGUAUAUC